CAAAAAACUAGAUGCUGCUUCAACUUAACCAACAAACAAACAUUAACCAACAAAUUUACAUGUGAUUUACAGAUGUUAUAUAUCAAGUGACAAAGUUUGAAAAUUCAAUUGUGAUUAUGGAAUUGUGAUAUUUGGAAAAGUAAAUGAUAUUAAAAUGUCAACUAUGUCGAAGAAUAAUGAUGUGAUUAAAGAAGAACCAUUGCGAUUGACAUACUUGAAACCACCUUUGGAUACCGACAAGUUUCCAUUAGCAUCGUAUCAAGAUGUAUGGCAUAAGUUUAUUGUAUUUAGUCAUGGAAAAUCUUAUGGAAAAACGGAGAUAUUAAAAGCAAUUAUAAAUGCUUGCGAACCAGAAAUGUUAUUGCCUGUCAAGUUUAAAAAAGAAAACGACAAUAAAUGUACUUUUCUGGGCCAAUGCAAUUCCAAUGCUAUAAAGAAUCUCAUAAAACAACGGUUGUGCAUAAUAUUACCUGGUAAUUUUGAAAUAUAUCUAGACAUUGUAUUAGGAUUCAUAAGUAAAGAAGAAUUACCGAUAAAUCCUAACAAAAUAAUAUCGCAAACGUUCUAUCAAAGAUACGAUUCAUCGAAAAAGAUACUUAAUUUGGACGACUUUGAGAACGAUAAAUUAUUAGCUUAUGUAUUUUGCCCUUUAUCUAUACCUAAGAUAUUUCACAUUGUUUUAAGAUCUAUCAAACAAGGUGUUGCAGGCAUUAAUCGUGAAUCCAAAUUAUUCAUUCGCGAGCUAAGUAUGAAACAUAACAAUUUAACGGCCAUUAUAUUAUUCGAAAAGUUUUUUUAUUACAAUUUAACUAAACUAGAUUUAAGAUUUAAUCAAAUAUUAGAUGUCGAACAUUUAAGAUAUUUUUCGGAAUUUAAGAUAACGGAACUUUGGUUGGAUGGAAAUCCCUUGUGUACUCAAUAUAAGAACGCGCAAGAUUAUAUAAAAGGUGUGAAAAAUGUGUUUCAUCAUUUACAAAAGUUGGACGGAAUAAUGAUAGAUACGGAGAAAAAACUUUUACCAAAUGUACAAACUCAUUAUCUAAAGGAUGCUUCGAAAUUACCAUUAAUAAAACAAUUUGUUAAACAUUUUUUCACUAUGUACGAUCAAGAAGACAGAUCCAUAAUGAAUGGUCUCUACGACAAAAAUGCCCUUUAUUCUAUGACUUUAGGAUCCGUUACUAAUUAUUUGCAUAAGCAAGUAGCUAAAGUAUUAGUUACCAAUAGAAAUUUACUCAAAUUUGUUGAUUAUGCCAAAUGUCAUGAGUUUUUAUUACGUGGUCCUGAUAAAAUAAUAUCCUCAUUGAAGCGUCAACCUUCCACAUUGCACUACAUUCAUACAUUCAAUAUAGAUUUAUUAUACGAAAGUGAUGAUCUUUUAGUUAUAUCCGUUCAAGGAAUAUUUUUAUAUAAAGACAUUUCUUCUUCUCCUCCUCUCUUAUUCAAUAGAACAUUUACUAUUGUUGCUAAAGAGGAAAACGAAUAUUGUAUAACUAACGAUCAAUAUUUUAUAGACGGAUUUAAUUCCAAUACUUUAGUGCAGAUUAAAAACAAAAUCAAACAAGAUGUUAAAAAUGUAUCCGUCUUUGUUCCAACUAUAUUUAGUCCAUCAGAGAAACAUCAGCUUAUUGUGCUUCUACAAGAAUUAACAACCAUGAACACUGCAUUUUGUUUCAAAUUUUUAGAUAAUGUUAAUUGGGAUAUAAGACGGGCAAUCACUAAUUUUACAAAAAUGUAUACUCUCAAUGAUGUACCUCCAGAAGCUUUUCAAUAAAUUUUAUUUUCUUUUA